AGAAGAGAAUGACUCUGAGAAACAGCUCCUUAGUGACUGAGUUUAUCCUUGCGGGAUUAUCAGAACGAUCAGAGCUCCAGUUCCCCCUCUUCCUCCUGUUCUUAGGGCUCUUUGUGUUCACUGUGGUGGGCAACUUGGGCUUGGUCACCUUAAUUGGGCUGAAUUCUAGCCUUCACACCCCAAUGUAUUUUUUCCUCUUCAACUUGUCCUUCAUAGAUCUCUGUUAUUCCUGUGUGUUUACCCCCAAAAUACUGAGUGAUUUUGUGUCAGAAAAUGUCAUCUCUUAUGUGGGAUGCAUGACUCAGUUAUUUUUCUUCUGUUUCUUUGUCAAUUCUGAGUGCUGUGUGUUGGUAUCAAUGGCCUAUGAUCGCUAUGCAGCUAUCUGCAACCCUCUGCUGUACACGGUCACCAUGUCCCCAAGGGUCUGUUCUCUGCUGAUGUGUGGCUCGUAUGUGACAGGGUUUGCUGGGGCCAUGGCCCACACUGGAGGCAUGCUGAGACUGACCUUCUGUGAUUCCAACGCCAUCGACCACUACCUGUGUGAAGUUCUCCCCCUCUUGCAGCUCUCCUGCACCAGCACCCGUGUCAAUGAGCUGGUGUUCUUCAUUGUUGUUGGAGUGGUCAUUGCAAUAUCCAGCGUCAGCAUCUUCAUUUCUUAUGCUUUGAUACUCUUUAACAUCCUUCGUAUUCCUUCUGCCGAGGGCAGAUCCAAAGCCUUUAGCACUUGCGGCUCCCAUGUAAUUGCCGUUGCCCUGUUUUUUGGGUCAGGGGCAUUCACCUAUUUGACAACCUCUUUUCCUGGCUCUAUGGACCAGGGUAGAUUUGCCUCCGUCUUUUACACCAACGUGGUUCCCAUGCUUAACCCUUUGAUCUACAGUUUGAGGAAUAAGGAUGUUAAACUUGCCCUGGGUAAAACCUUGAAGAGAGUGCUCUUCUGAUGGGUCUCUUUGU